GCCCGAUGUGUUCGUCGUAACUGCAACGUGCGACCGCAGCCUUCUAUGCACCGCAAAAUGACCCGCUGACGACCCUCCGUACCGCAACACAAUCAUGGUAGCCAUGGCCACACUGGACGAGCAUGAACGUAAAAUCGUCAUGGAGUUUGUUCACCUCCUAGAGAAGUCCAAACAGCUAUUCAACGGUCUACGAGACCUGCCACAAUAUGGCCACAAGCAAUGGCAAGCUUACUUCGGCAGAACUUUUGAUAUUUACACCAAGCUUUGGAAAUUUCAACAGCAGCAUCGCCAAAUCUUAGAUACUAAAUAUAAUUUGAAAAGGUGGCAGAUUGGGGAAAUUGCUUCAAAAAUCGGACAGCUUUAUUAUCAUUAUUACUUGAGAACUAGUGAAACAAACUAUUUGAAUGAAGCGUACUCAUUCUAUUCAGCUAUUAGAGGUAGAGCUUAUUAUUCUAGAGCCGCUAAAGAAGAUAGGCCUUACUUCUCUAGGUCUGAAGUGAUGGUGAAGAAGCUGCGCUACUAUGCCCGUUUCAUAGUAGUAUGCUUGUUGCUCAGAAGAAUGAAGCUGGUUCGAGAACUGAUCGCGGAGUUGGACAGACACAUCACGGACUAUACCAGCACGUAUGAGCCGGAUGACCAGAUUGAGUGGAAUUUGGUCUUGGACGAGAUCAAGGGUUUCAUUCAGUCGGAUUCGUUGGUGCAAGUGCUCCAUGCUGAUACAAAUCCCAUAGUCUUAUCACAUAGGUUGAGCCCAUUGACGACUCCUCCAGUGGAAAAGAAUCAAUACAUGAACCUGACCCUGCAAGAAAUUUUGAUAGUAGGCAGCGCAUCUGAACAGGUGAAGUUUUCGGAACUAACGAUGGAUAUGUUCAGAAUGAUACAGACGCUAGAACGGGAACCACAGGAAGAUUUUAAUCAUAUUUACGAUGCUUCACCAGCACCUGGGCGAAUGCCUUAUGGGGUUCCAGGACAGAAAGGGUACAUAGAAAAUGGAGAGAGGCCAUCAAGAAGGGAGAAUCCUCAUAAAUACCUGUUAUACAAACCCACCUUGAGCCAAGUGCUGGUGUUUCUUGCAAGUGGUUUCAAGGAACUACCAGCAAAUGGUGCUUUACUCUUGUAUAUAUCAGCGGACGGCAGUUUUUCAACUACUAAGCAUCCUGAAGAUAUGGGUUACGACUUAGGAGGAGUCCUUACAACAAGCAGCAAGCGUGAUGGUGAUCACAAAAAACAAAAAGAAAUACACUGCCUUUAUCCCGGAGAUCUGUAUCCCUUCACGCGUAGACCAUUCUUUGUGAUCGUCGAUUCGGAUAACAGUUUCGUCUUUCAACAUAUCCCCAGUUACUUCGGACAACCGCUAGUUACGUUGAUGUCGCCUCAAGAUACGCCACCUGCCUUCCAAGAUCAACAACACAACGGUUCUCUCUUCACCCUGUUCCUGCACUCUCCUUUGACAGCCUUCUGUUAUUGCUGCAACCUCACAACCAUCCCUAUCCAUCAUUGGGAACGUUGCCAGAGCUUUGUGGACAGAUUCGUCACGGAGGCCUCCAGACUGUUCACUAGAUCAAGAGUCGAUCCGUCUUACCUGCAGUUCUUCGGCGACGACUUCCUGCGUCUGCUGUUACUCAGGUACAUCUUCUGCGACGUGGUACUCCACCUGCACCGUGCCUUCCGCGGCCGGCAGUACCGUCCGCGAUGCCAACCGCUCCUGCCCGAAGCUGAGCUGCUCGAGCAUCCGUCAUUGCAGCAUUUGGUGCUCGAUUUAGCUGCACAUCUCGAGGUUCGCACCCACUUCAUGGAGAACCACGAGGUGGAAUGAUCCAGGGCGACCUCCUCGCGAGGAAGGUCAUACAGGGGGACGGCUGCCUUGACCGGUUUCGCCGUGCUGUUACUGCUCACGCAUGCGCCGCGUUUCAUCGCCGCGCUAGUCAGAGCGAUGCAGUUUUUUUGGACCAUUUACAUUCCUGCCAGAUGGUUGAGCGCGUGCCAGUACGCAUGCACGGUCAGUGUCUCGACGCGGGCCGUCGCGAUAUACUCGUAGCGAGUCUCAUGUGAUAGACAGUGACGGAUGCUUUGCGAUAGCAUGCUAUAGGGGAUGAUAUUCUCGUCCGCCAUUUUGACUCCACUCGCUAUCAUAGCAUUUAAAAACUAUACAACACUUUAGAGUCACAUUUAUUGUUCUUUGAUGAUUUAUUGCCGUCUGAGAAAUGAUCUCUCCUUGGAUUUCAAACAACUAAUAGCGCUGCCUUGAUGACCGUUUAGCAUUAAUCAACAAAUUCUUAGAAUAUGUAAAUCAGUGGUCUGAAGAAGGAUUUAACGUUCGCAUUCCAUAGUGCGCUGUAACACUUGUUAUCACAGGAUGAUCUCGAUGUCAGAAAGAUUGUUUUUUGCUGGUCGUAGGUAUCUAUUCAGGCAUUUUGAUGAACAAUUUCAAACGUUUGGUUUUUGGUGCCUAAUUAUAGCAAUGAUUAACGUAUUUUGCUUGAGGAUAGCCAACCUAAUACUAUAUUCCCGCGCCAAAAAAUUGUCCGGGAUCAAAUGGGCUAGCAUCAUCUCUGAGAAUUUGUUACAUAUGUAUCCGCAAUAAUUAGAAAUAUGCCUUAAAUAGAUUAGUAUUUCAUAAAAAACUUUGUAAACAAUCGUAAAUGAGCAUAUAGCUACAGCGCCAUCCGCAAUAGACUAACCUUUUAAAAGUAAACUUCUAAUUAUUGCAGAGAAGAGAAACUAAGCUGUGACAAAUUUUCAUAGAUGACGCCAUGGUAUUUCAUUCUAUCACGGAUAAUUUUCCGGACGUGCGAAUAUCAUAUUAGGUUGGCCAUCUUCUGGUGGAAUACGGUAAUCAAUGAUUUUUGUCAGUAAUGCAAAAAGUGAACAAAGGCUGUAACCCUUAUUCGAUUUUAUAGCGAAUAACAUACCCACAGAGCAGAGCUGAAUGAAUUUAGGCUACCAGCAUUACAAUUGUAAAGAACUUUUGACAGUUUGAGCGUAUUUACAGGGCUGGAAAUUCUGUAGCUUUUCAUUAAAAUGAGUAUUAGUGAAUUCGUCGCUUGAAUGCAGAAGUGUAAGUCACAAAAUGCAAAUUUUACAGAAGAGGUAUUUUUCAAUUGGCGGACUUGCCUAACGUUUCUGAGAAAUUUUGGACAUAGAAUGCUCGAAAGGAAAAAUGUUUUGGUUUCUAGUGGCCAUGUUCUCGAUUACACCAUAUAGCGUCAGAACUAGUGCAAGUCCUCGUGAAACAACUGUAUGUCCACGUGUAAUAGGUGUAGAGCAGAACUAUGCUAUGUCCACUUUCGUCUGCCUACAUACUAACAUUAGCAUCUGCUCUUAUCAUAGUUCUACAGCGAAGUGACGCACCUCAAGCUAUUACGACAAAUAUAGUUCAAGACAUGUGGUGGGGGAACGAUUGCGUAGGACCUUACAAUACCCCUGCAUGCGAUGUAGGUGACUAUGAGCUACAAAGUCGUGUUAAAAUCCGAAAAAUGGAGUAUUUGUCCAUACAAUAGCAUUCAAGCGACGAAUUGCAAUGGUGGUUGCUAAUAUUCUUUCAGUUCCAUUCUGUGGGCUUGUUAUUCGAAAAAGCAUACAAUUUUUAUUACCAUUCUGUAUUAUUCACUACAAAUUUGCUCCAAAAGAAAAACCAAACCGUCCAAAAUAUCUCAUCAGAACGCACUGGAUAGGUAUGGCAAGCAAAGGAAAAUCUUUAUGAUAUCAGUGACAGCCUAUGGUGACAGCUAGGUAGUAUGUGGUUAAUACAACAUACUUUGAAAUGCAGUUGUUAACUUUUCCCUUGGACGUUCCUCAACGAAGAAUUAUUUUUGUUUAAAAUCCAGAGUCCUCAGAUGUCACUCUGUUCUCAAAGGACGUCUAUAAAAGCGUCAUGAAUGGUCAGCAGAAGAACAACAUUAGAUUAUCCCUAAGGAUUCAUAGCUAAAUAGUAACAAUUAGUAAAGAUAAUAUUCAGAAUUAUCGGUCCCCAAAACCUCCAAUCCUUUUCAAAUAGGUGUCUUGUCAUUGCUCACAUUUCCAAGUAUCUCAGAAAGUUUCUCAAUACGUCAAUGUAUAAGUAGAAUUUACAAAAAUAUAAGACACACAAAAUUUAUGGCUGAAUUCUCAUUGAGAGCGUGGGCUAUAUAUAAUUCGGAAUUAUGUCAAUAGACAGCACGACAAAGCAUCUAAGAGAAUGAGCUAUUUGUGUGGCUGUUGGUGUCAACUGGAUUUUUGCUGGAUAUUGGAUUGGAAGUAUUCUCAUAACUUCAAAGCCUCUUUUAAAUAAAAUGAAAUGAUAUACCAGCUAAGUAUCCAAAAUAAAUAUAUUGAUUUUCUGACGCGUAGUAGCAGGAAACACAAUUUGUCAUGAUACCCUCAUUCACCUUUCUAAACCAUAUUAGGUUACGAAACUACUUCCUGUGGAGCUUUAGCUGUUACAAUGAGGCUCCUGGUGAUACACAGUAUUUAAACGUCGUUCUCAACUUUAGUACAGCCAAAUAUUGAUAAAACAGUGAAGUCAAAAUGGCCAGCAAGGAUAAUCUCUUCUAUAGUGCCUUACUUUGCAAGAACUCUGUUUGUAGUCGAAGAUACUGGAUAAAGGAGGCGUACCCUCUUAACUGGGUAAAACACUUCUUACUGAGCAUAAUUCUAAUACAGGAUUUCAUUAUUGAUACAAAAAAUAGUGGAUAUGUCCUCCUUAGUCCACAUUCUGGACUAUCAGUCGUGGAUAUGUCAAAACGAUAGGUUUUAUUUAAUCAAUACGAAAGUUGUCCUAGAAUAGGUGACAAGUCAACAGAAACUAAUUUUCAAAUAUGCUGGGUGUGCCAACAUCACACCUCUUUUCUUCUAUGAAAUGGUGAAAGCGCGAAUAACUUUGUUCGGCAUAACUGACCGAUUUGUUGACUUUUUACAUUGCUAGGAUUAGAUUAUAGCUCAAAUAUCUAUAUAUUACGUGCUUCUAUCUAGGUGGCUUAAAAUCCUGAAAUAUGUUCAAAAAAUUAAUAUCUAUGAGAUAUGUCACAUAUUCAGGGACAACCUAGGUACUGUUAACAAAAAGUAUGUGGUCGUUGUUCUGAUUAAAUUCAUAAGCACAAAUAGUCUAACAAACAUAAUAACACUCUGACUUGAAGUAAAUGGUUGCAAAGUGUCAUAAUAAACGGGUAGGUACUAUACCUAACCCCACACGUUUUUUAAAUGCAUAUGACCACAUACCUUUUAUCCACAGUGCAAUCAACUGCAGAGAUGUAUCAAACGUAUUAUUUGCUUUUUUUAUUCAGAUUAAUUGACUGUCGAUAGUUCUUCAGUGUUAACACUUUCACUAUUUUACGGCGAAUCUACCCUUAGCUUCUCUAAUAUGUAUUUUAGUUUAAGUGUAAAACCCUGUAUGAUUGUUUCUGGCUCGGAGCUCUUAAGAUAAUUACCCAGAUCUUAACCACAUUGACUUUGAUACAUCUCCGCAUCUCAUUCUUUUUUAUUCUGUCAAAUGAUAUAGGAUAAUACAAGUUCUUGAUAAAAAAAAUAGGUAAUGCACGACUUCGGUGAAUAAGCAAUCAGCGUCUUUUGUCAACUGUUUCGAAUAAUAUUAAAGAAAGAGGCUCACUUGAAUCACUUUUCUGGAACCUGAACCGUCAUAUAACAUCAGAGUUAGACUUUUUUAGUUGUGUUCUCCCAAUAUAUGUAAUGAAAUACAGGGUGAUUUGUUUAUCAACAGCACCAGACAAAUUUUGAAUAAGGCAAAAUCGUUGAAGACAUUUUCCAAUCAGUGAUGGAUUAUCAAGUACAAAAUGAACUGCCUGCUUAGAAUGGGUGCCCCACAGCUCCGCAGCGGACUGUUUAUACCGAAUUAAUUAGAAAUUUUCUUUUCUUUGUGGUGCGGGAUAACAGAAUAAAAAUGAACUUACUUGACCCCAUGAACUUUGUAAUACGUCAAAGAAUAAUCAGCAAACCCGAAAUCAUUCAAAAUAUUGGUGAAAGUAUUUAAGGUGUUCUGCCAUAGCAGUGUCCUUGUGUCAAAAUUUUAUUAGAAUUCGAGCAGAAAAUCCAAGGUAUGGGAAUAGAGGACCUAGGUUUUUCGCUAAAAUUAUUCCAAAGAACCUUGAUUCGACACAAAAAAGUCAUCCACAUACAGAACCUGUUUGAUUCAUGAUAUAAUCAAGAACUUGAAUGUUGAGCAAUUUUUGAAUAUCCUUGAGCUGUGCUGCGAGUGCGUAAUAAUCCACUCGUCUGACAAAUAUUAGCCAGAGUGAUUCUACUGGACGCACAUGUGUUUAACUGUAGCCGUUUGCUCCGCCUUGCUUAACUGAAGCUUAAUCUGAGGUCCUUAUCCCACACAUUCCUGUCGGACCGCUAUUAUUUGUAACUUUAAGUGAAGCUCAAAUGUCAGAAAGAUAAGAUUUGUUGAGCUUAGGUUGCACAUAACCUAAAAAUAGUGAUUUUCAGUCAGUCAAGUCCAUUAUAUACGGAAUUCCGAGAAUAAUGUAUCAAAUAAUGGACUAUUCUUGUUUCCUAAUAUUUUUUUUAAUAUUGUAAUAUCUCCUUAAGCACUCGUUGGUCCUAGGAUAAUUUUUCGGUGAUCGGGAAUUGAAGAAAUUUGUAAUCGUUUCCUAGGUCUCGUUCUUUUCUCUGAAGUGAAGGCAUCAGUUGUUUUGUUUUCUAUUAUAUGUUUAUAUUCGGAUAUAAUGCUCAGCAAUAGAUAUCUUUCAUGUGGGAAAAAAUAGGCGCUCUUUUUUUGCAGAAGUCAUGAUGAAAAGCAAAUCUGUGAUAAAUGAAUAUUUCACACCCGUCAAAUAUCAGGAUUUCUGACACGAUUAUAUGACAGGACAAAAGUGGUAUACUUCUUCUUGAUGCGCAGUGUUCAUUAGUUCAAACCAACAUCAUUUAUAGAAAUCCCUAAAAAUAUACACGGUAGCCAAGUCAAUAGUAGGCUUAGCUACAUACCAUUCAAGAUAUGAUGCUGCAACAUAAACUUAAUCUACCUUGAAGAUAAACUUCACUUUGCUAAGUGGUAUAUGCAAGAAAAUCGGUGCAAACCGCCAUUAGUCAGUAGCAAUAAAGAAGUUGAACUUUUGUCAAUCCAUAGGGAAUUUGAACUUGAAGAAAGAGAUGCCACCAUUAGCAUAAAGCUUGGUGCGGUAAGUAUAUAUCAAAGACAGAGGUAUAGUCAGAGAAUAGCCAUUAAACAAGUUCUGUUUGAAGUUUUCUGUAUAUUCGAAACAGUUUGACCAAAAAGAGAGAACGUAACAAUAGGUGAAUACAGAAGAAAAGCCAUAACAGGCUUUUUUAAUAAAUCUUAGAUACUCUUGGAGAUGCAUACUUUUAAACACACCAUUCCACUUUUACGUAAAAUAUUAAUGUACCUUUAGUUACAUACCUUAUUGAGUUAGGAACAAGUAUACAUUAAGAAGUCCAUGUUACAAAUUUCUCCAUUCACAAAAGAAAAAUUGUUGAUAGAAUAGGUUGAGGUUGUCUACUUUUUAGACCUUUAACUAUACACGGAAGGUUUGUUGAAAUUAUAUCCAGAUCUUUGAUAUCUGUUUCUUUAAUUGGUCUGUUUUCUUCCUAAUUAAUAUAUUAC